GGGCUGGGCUAAGGGUGCCACAGAGCAAGGCAGGAAAUAUUUGGGUGUGUGGGUGUGCAUUUGUGUGUUUAGGGACGUGUUUCUUCUUGCAUCACUGCUUUCUUUCCCACCCUGAGACUGCUAUCAGCCUACGACCAACUCCCUUUCCAAGUAUGCUCCCCUUCCAGGCAACACCGGGUCAGUUCGGCCCCGAGGUCCAGCAGCCGGGCCUGUGGGUGUGGCGGGUGGAGAAGAUGAAGGCCGUGCGGCUGGAUCGCUCCGAGCUGGGGGCUUUCUUUAACGGGGACUCCUACCUGGUGCUGGACAACCGUGGAGACCAGGGAGCCGACCUCCACAUGUGGAUAGGGGAGAAGUCCUCUCGAGACGAGCAGGUAGCAUGUGCCAUGCUGGCCACGACGCUGGACAACUUUCUUGGCGGUGACCCCGUCCAGCACCGGCAGGUUCAGGGAUUCGAGUCCCCGGAGUUCAUGGAGCUUUUCCCCAGAGGGGUCAGCUACAAGGAAGGCGGAGUGGAGUCGGGCUUCAGGAGGCCUCAGGGCAGCGGGACGGUCCACAGGCUGUACCAGAUCAAAGGGAAGCGCAACAUCCGUGCCAAAGAGGUGGAACUGUCUUGGAAAAGCUUCAACAAAGGCGACUGCUUCAUUCUUGACCUUGGGGAGACGAUUGUGUCGUGGAUCGGAUCACAGGCCAACAUCUUUGAGAAGCAGAAAGUGCGCGAGAUCGCAUCGCUAAUCCGAGACACGGACAGACAUGGCAAAGCCCGUAUCGUGGACAGCACAGAGGGGGAAGAACCAGAAGAGAUGCUCAAGGUCCUGGGACAGAUGCCGGCGCUGGCAGAGAGCACGCCAGAGGAGGACAGCAAAGCUGACGCUUCCAACUCUGCCUCCCUCUACAAGGUCUCUGAUGCGACAGGUUCCAUGACGAUGACCAAAGUGUCGGAGAAGAGCCCGUUUGCCAAGGAGCUGCUGGUCCGUGACGACUGCUUCAUCCUGGACAUCGGCGCAAAUGGGAAAAUCAUUGUCUGGAAAGGUAACGGAGCCAAUGCUGAGGAGAAGAGGGUGGCUCUGCAGAUGGCGGACAGUUUCAUCGAACAAAUGAACUAUCCCAGAAUGAAAACACAGGUGGAGAUUCUGCCGCAGGGGAAGGAGACCAUCAUCUUCAAACAGUUCUUCAAGAACUGGAACUAAACAUCUCACUGGAACCUCUGACGAAUCCUACAACUCAGAACAAGCUGCACAUCUGAAAUAAAACUUAGCUUUUUAUAUGCGUUUACUGUUAUUUAUAUGUUUGACAGUCAGCAUGCAGACAGAGCGCGCUGCAGCUAGCUUUGGCUUUUGAUAGAAUCAGACAUGCGAUGCCACUUUUAUAAACGCAGAAUAGUUUUUUCCUGUGGUAAGACUGUAAAGAUGUAAAGAUCAUUUCAAAAAGACCAUCCAGUAGAUAUUUAACAUUUUAUAUUUGCUUCAUAGUGUCACAGAUCUUCCUGCAUAAGAAAAAUAAAUCUGAAACUGCUUGCUAA